CCUCUCCUAAUCCUGUGUACGACCUAACGACCCCCUUACGAACCCCUCACGACCCCGUUUUCACUCCAACAACCGUCCGUUUACGCCCAAAACUCACCAAGAACCUCGAAGAAGCCUAAAAAUCACCAAGAAGCUAAAAAACAAGUAUAAGCCCACGUCAAACGAUGUCUGCUAAUGAUGGAACCCAAGAGAACGGUGCUGCAGGUGGUGGUGCUCCCAACACGGGUGUCAUUCGUGUUGAGAAGGGGAAGCAGCCGGUCCGACCUACAGGUGAAGAGCUUGAAGAAGAGGGCAUCGAUCCCAACCUCGACAACCCCACCGUCGAGGUGGAUGAGUUAACCGACUCCGAUGCGACUACAAACCCGGACGAUAGUAGUGACAUAUCCGCCGACGAGCUAUUAACUGUCGAACAGGCUGACGCAAAGAGGCUAGCGAAGAAGAAAGCCAAGGCCGAACGAAAGGCAGCCAGACUAGCGAUAAAGGCGGUUCAGCAAAACAAUUUGAAGCGCAAGGCAACCACCGACGAUCUUCGGGCAGCCAACUUCAAAGUCCCGCGAACCGACACUGAUAUGGGUCGGUUUCCCCACAUCACCGGUUCGACUGUCACCCCUAAGGACAUCGUCCAAAGUCUCCAAGCCCAAAUCAGGCUGUUUGAGGCCCGUUACGCGGCGGUUAUUGAGCGUCGAGACAAGGUCGUACCUGUCGGCCCCACUCCCAACACCCAGAAGCUAUCGUCGGUCGUCCAUUCCCUCGAAGGUGUCCUAGACGAAUUGGUGGCCUUAUCGGGGGAGUUAGUGGCCGGUUUUAGGUCGGUUAAGGUUCUUUCGAUGCUGCAGCAGGUCCAGUCGAGAGGUCGACUUCUAGACAGGGAGGAGUUUGAGACGAAGAUCAACGAUAUCGAGGCUCAACUCCACAAUCACGUCGACGACACUGGACGCCGCUUACGCGCCCUCAACCAAGGGUCCGAUAACCCUGCGUUAGGGUCCACCGCCAAUGCCAAUCCGACCUCUAGCGGACCUCAAACUCCCUCGUCAAGAGGCAUCAAUCUGUCCGGUUUGAAGUCCGCCCUCAAGACCGAUGCCGAGCUGCGUGCGAUUGUGCUUGGGAUCUUCAACGACCCCACGAACUUGAACAACAGCGGCCCUGUAGCCGGCCCUUCGGGGACCUCUAACCAGUCGGCUAAUCCCCCGGCUCCCACUCACUCGUCCCACGUCUCCCCAGACAAGCGAUCGCGCACCCGUACCAACACCAAGUGGUCGUACGCUUGCCAUUAUGCUGUCAAGGAACUAAUCGGGAUGAGAGGUACCUGGGACGGUGAUUCUAUCAGCGAGCCAGGUUAUCUCCCGGAUGGAGAAUGGCCCUCGCACGAGGAAGACGACGAGGACACUGGCUUACCGGGCCCUCAACAGAUCGAUGUCGAACUGGCUAUGGGUGGGACAAGGAGCGUUUGGAGGCCUGAGUGGAAGAAGAUCGGAGAAGAACGGUGGUCUCCCUUUGUCAACGAGGUCGCCGCUCGCGUCGUCAACACCUGGAAGAUGACCAACGGGGACAGGCCCACGGUAAAUGACCUUAAACCGCUCAUUAUCAAGUACUGCAAGAACCGGUCUGGCGUCCGUCCCACGAGUGCUGAAGAAGGAGGCGUCCAUCUCGCGCGUCUGGUGAACCGCAAGCGAGGUCAUAUAUCCGAUGACAGGUACAAGAUCUGGCCUCAGUCCCCUCCCAACCUGUGUCGAAAGGCCCCAGUUUACGCUCUGUUAAGGGCACCGCUGUUCUCGCCGACGUUGUGGCAGUGCGAUGACCGCCAGAACCGAAGGUUCCCCGUCCUUCAACAGCCGGCCAAUCAACCGGCCCUUAUCGAGACGGAUAGCUGGAAGGUAUGGCGCCGAUACUCCUUCGGUGGCAAUGCAGCCCUGGCCGACGGUUGUUAUGAGCUGAACUGGCCGUAUUGGCUCUCUGACGAGUGCAUCGCUGCGGCUUCCUAUCUCGACGCAAUGUCUGAGGAGAAGAACAGGAACCAGCCCCUGUACCGCACACGAUGGGUCUCUCCAAGGCGUAUGUGGCCUCAAACCGACCCCAAAACGGAGGAGUUAAGGGCACCUUUGGCUGGCGACCCAACCAGGCCGGAUCCCGCUGCUACCGGUGCGAUUGUUUAUCGGUCGAUGAUCCGACCCCAAACCGCCGCGAUAUGGGCGGCCCAAAAGCCCGCUUUGUGGGCGUUGAUAUACCCGGAUCCUCCUGUACCGGCAAGUCACGCAGAGCGACCGACGCUCGAGGAGUUGGUGAACGGUCCGAACGCGCUCGCUGAGCACAAGCAGACCUGGGCGAGAUCCACCCAGUUAAGGGCCUGUCAAGUGCCCGAUAAGACUAAUGCCGAGAUCUUGGCCCUGGCCGUCGAGUACGCCGUAGCUGAUGCGGCCGCGCUGGAGGCUCAAGCGGAGGCGUUGACCGGGGCUCUGGCCGCUUAA